GUGACAGUGACACUCGCAAAAGUGACUGUGGUGUGUAUUGAAAAGAGGAGUGAAUAGGCUUAUUGGAGUCACUAUCUCCUCAACAUGGCUGCAAGGUUGUUGUGGGCGUCAAGGGCUGCUUCUCACCUCAGGAUCUCAGUCUUUCCUAGAGGUUUUGCUACAGUUGUGAAGGAUCUGAAGUAUGCUGAUUCACAUGAGUGGGUUAAGGUCGGUGGCAAUUCUGCUACCAUUGGUAUAACAGAUCACGCUCAAGAUCAUUUGGGCGAUGUUGUGUACGUUGAAUUGCCAGAAGUAGGGGCAGCUGUAACACAGAACACCAACUUUGGUGCAGUUGAAAGUGUCAAGGCCACUAGUGAUAUUAAUUCUCCUGUUUCAGGAAAAGUAGUUGAAGUUAAUGAAGAGCUCAACAGUUCCCCUGGUUUGGUUAACUCGAGCCCAUACGAGAAGGGUUGGAUUAUAAAGGUUGAAAUUAGCGAUGCUGGUGAAUUAAAGAACCUUAAGGACUCAGAUCAGUACUCCAAGUUCUGUGAAGAAGAAGAUGCAGAGCACUGAGUAGGGCACACAGCUGUGUUGGAAAUUUAGCACUCCCCCAUGAAGGGGCUUGUUUCUUACAUGUCUUUUGGUGUUACCACACGUCUUUGGAUUUUGUUUUCUUGGGAUUAAUUAAUUGGCAAAGUUUCUCUUCAGAGUA